AUGGCACCUUUACAACCGCAAUUCAGAGGGACGGCGUCCCUCACUCAGUUCCCGUCGAAGCCGCGGGUCUUCAUCUUGACGGAUAUCACCAACGAACCCGACGAUGCCGAGUCGUUCUGCCGAUACCUCACCUACUCCAACCAGUUCCGCACCGAGGGCGUAGUCGCCGUCACGUCGACAUGGCUCAAGAACAAGGUGGCACCCCAGAACCUCCACGGAAUCGUUGACGCGUACGAGAAGGUCGUCGACAACAUCAACGCCCACACCCACCCGGGCUUCCCCUACCCCUCGGCGCAGAGCGUGCGGGAUCUGAUCAAGUCUGGACCCCCGGUCUACGGCAUGGAGGCAGUCGGCGACGACAUCCCACUCAGCGAAGGGGGCGAAUUGCUCCUCGAGCGGCUCACCGCGCCCGAGGAGGAUCCGCUCUGGGUUCUCGUGUGGGGCGGCGUCAACGUGCUCGCCCAGGUCCUGCACAAGACCCGAGACCGGCCGGACGCGGCCAAGCUGCGCGAGAAGCUGCGCGUCUACACCAUCUCCGACCAGGACGACUGCGGAGGCUGGAUCCGGCAACAGUGGCCCGACAUCUUUUACAUCUGCUCCGUCCACGGCUGGAACCAGUACCAGUGCGCCGCGUGGACCGGGAUCUCGGCUCCUUGCUCCGGCGACGUCGGAGGACCGGACGGCUCCAAGGUGACGCACGAAUGGGUCAAGGAAAACGUUCAAGUCGGCCCCCUGGGGGCUGCGUACCCCGAUUUUGAGUUCAUCAUCGAGGGCGACACGCCGACGUUCCUCUACCUUGUCCAAAAUGGCCUCGGCGUCCCGGAAGAGCCGCUCUACGGAUCUUGGGGAGGCCGGUACAUCCCGGCCAACGUGAGCCCAAAGGGCCUGUCUUCCAGGGGGCACUUUGCCGAUGCCAUCGACACCGUCAUCGGCGUGGACGGCAAGCCUCACAGGUCCAGCCAGGCCACCAUCUGGCGCUGGAGGAACGCGUUCCAGGACGAUUUUGCCGCGCGCAUGCAAUGGACUUUGACGUCGGAUUUCAGCAAGGCCAACCACCACCCCGUCGUCUCGGUCAACGGCGACUCCGGCUUGGCGCCGAUCCGCGUCGAGGCUGACGCCGGGGGCGUCGUCUCUCUCGAUGCGUCCAAAAGCUACGAUCCCGACGGCGACAAGCUCAGCUUCAAGUGGUACCAGUACCGCGAGCCCAGUUCGCUGCAGACGUACCAUGGCCUCGAGGUGUCCGACGUGGAGAUCAAGCCCUCCAACGACGACGGCAGCAAGGUAGAGGUGAAGAUUGCCCCUGCGGACAAGUCCUGCAUUGUGUUCAGGGAGAAGAUCCCUCUCGAGCGCGGCCUCCCUCUCCACGUGAUCCUCGAAGUCAAGGACAACGGCACGCCUUCUCUGACGAGCUAUCGCAGAGUGAUUAUUCAACCCGUGGAUAGGGACUUUGGGUUAAGGAGAUAG